CAUGACACCAUGGCCAGUUACGAUAAAUAUUUUUAAUUGUAUUUUUUUAAAUAUAGAUUUUAUUUUAUUUAUAAUCAAGCAGCCGAUUAAAAUUGGUAAUUAGCUGUAGGAUUAGUAUAAAUAAAUACUAAUUCGUCGUCAGAAAAUUAAAGAAAUAAAUUGGAGAAAAGGUGGAUAGACGUGGGACCCAAACGUCGAAACAGUAUAAACUCGGUCGUCCGGCCCCUUUGUCACCGUCCGAUGGGGGUUAUAAUAUAUUCAACAUCUCUUACCUUUGACUCUCCUCCCUUUCUCUCUCUCUCUCUUCAGUAGAAGAACAAGAACAAACUCUGCUCUUGCUGUACUUUCUUAUCUCUCUUGUCUUCUCUUUUUUAUUUUCUCCUUAAAAAUCUUCCGUCUUCAUCUUCUCACUCUACAAUCUAUUUCGUCAGCUGAAGAAACCCAGAGAGAGAUUUAAUGGUAUGAGGCCGUUUCACUGAAACCGAUUCUCCCUGAAAAUCUUCACACCACCUCGUUACAUAGAGAGAAAGAUAAACUGUGUUUUUAAGGAAAAUAGUUUGUGAGGAUGACUAUGGCUGGUGGGAACGAAGUCAACCUAAACGAAUGCAAGAGAAUAGUCCCACUCAACACAUGGGUCCUCAUUUCCAACUUCAAGCUCGCAUACACCCUCCUCCGCCGUCCCGACGGCUCCUUCAACCGUCACCUCGCAGAGUUUCUCGACCGCAAAGUUCCCUCCAACUCUUUCCCCGUCGACGGUGUCUUCUCCUUCGACCACCUCGACUCCACCUCCACCAACCUCCUCACCAGAAUCUACCUCCCAGCUCCCCUCGACCCCUCCCGUCACGGCACCGUCGACUUAACGGAGCCUCUCAGCACCACUGAGAUCGUCCCCGUUCUUGUUUUCUUCCACGGUGGUAGCUUCACUCACUCCUCCGCCAACAGCGCCAUCUACGACACUUUCUGCCGCCGUCUAGUCACUAUUUGCGGCGUUGUUGUCGUCUCCGUUGAUUACCGGAGGUCGCCGGAGCAUCGUUACCCUUGUGCUUACGACGAUGGAUGGAAUGCUCUCAAAUGGGUCAAGUCCAGAAUCUGGCUUCAGAGUGGUAAAGACUCAAAUGUUUAUGUUUACUUGGCUGGUGAUAGCUCAGGUGGCAACAUUGCUCAUAAUGUCGCUGUGAGAGCUGCCAAUGAAGGAGUUAAAGUUCUUGGAAACAUUCUUCUUCAUCCUAUGUUCGGUGGAGUGGAGAGGACUGAGUCUGAGAAGAGACUUGAUGGGAAAUACUUUGUUACUAUUCAAGAUCGAGAUUGGUAUUGGAGGGCUUAUCUACCUGAAGGUGAAGAUAGAGAUCAUCCGGCUUGUAAUCCCUUUGGCCCUCGUGGUCAAAGCCUUGAUGGUGUUAACUUUCCCAAGAGUCUUGUCGUUGUUGCUGGUUUAGAUCUUGUUCAGGAUUGGCAGUUGGCUUAUGUCGAUGGUCUCAAGAAGAGUGGUCACGAUGUUAACCUUUUGUAUCUGAAGCAGGCUACCAUUGGGUUCUACUUCUUGCCUAACAAUGAUCACUUUCAUUGUCUUAUGGACGAGUUAAAGAAGUUUGUGCACUCGAUUGAGGAGGAUAGCCAAAGCAAGUCAAGUCCUAUUCUUCUUAGUCCAUAACAACAUGGGUCUGCUUUGACUAUAGCUAUGAUGGGGGGGGGGGGGGGGUUUGGUACAGUUUCUACAAGUACUGUAGGUCAUUGUGAGAUGUUGGUUGGGCCCAAGCAAAAACCAAAUCGGUUAUGGGCAUCUACCGGUUCAGGGCUAAACCGGGAGAAAGUACUUUGUUUGGUAGUAGUGGUAGUAUAGGAGGUAGUCUUUAAUUUGCUCUAGAGUACAGAGGGUAAAAUACAAGACAACUAAUUUGUCUUCAACAUGUUGUGAGAAAACUUAUCUUUAAUAUGGAUUUGUAUGUAUAUAUUAUAACAUUGUGUGUUCUCAUGCUUUUAAUAGAAAGAGCAUGUCUUUGUUGGUUGUAGAUUUUCACCUUCUUUGUUUUUGUUUGGUUCAUGCAUUGAGAGUAUUAGCUUUACAAAAG